AGCUCGCCAGGCGGAUUAUUAGAUCCAGAUUUUUGAUUUCUCUCGCAUCUCCUCCUACACCAAUCUAGGGUUUCUAAAUCGCACCCCGUCUCUCUCACAUCUCCUCCUUCGAUUCGGCCCUGCGUCUUCGACGGCUCGUCCCGCCCAUUCUCCAUCCCGUAUCGCCCAAAAGGUCAAGUCUCAGAAAUUAUGGUGAUUAUCUCAAGUAAGUUGCGGUUGGAUCAGCCGUGGAUCGUACUGGAGAUCAGCUUCAAGGGGAUCGAGAAACCGGAGCUUGGCAAGGUCUAUUAUCACUACGACAGCACGAGAAUCACGACGACAAUCGCCAAAGACGUCAGCUGCUUCAUCAAGAACCUGGAUGGCAGCAUGACCGAGAUCUUCCAGAAGCUCGACGUGGCCAUUCCUUUUCUGGGCCGCCUGCCUCCCGACAGCCUCGGUAGACUCUGCAUAGAGCGGCAUUUGCGGGACAAAGUACAUAAAGCUGUAAAGUCGUGCGGCUCCGGAGGCUUUAUGCUUGGGUUUGAAAUCACCGUAGUAUUGGAUUCGGAUCCGAAUCGUCUGUAUAACAUUACAAACAUAAGGCCUGAACUCGCAACCGUAGCUACAGAUGCAGAUCCUUUGUAUUCUCCUAUGGACCGACAACCGAGACUCACGACCGUGCUGCCUACAGAUGCAGAUUCUUCGUGCUGUCCGAUCUGCUUGGAUAAGUUAUUCGGAGAGGAGUUGGCGGUCGAAUGGCUUCCUUGCGCUCAUAGCUUCCAUCAUGGCUGCAUUGAUAGUUGGUUCGAACGCGCGUGGACCUGUCCAAUUUGUCGACUUAGUGUGGAGUAAAUUCAAAUAGCUGUAUUGGAACGGCAGGAAUAAAAUAUUUUUUUUACAUUAAAAGUUAUGUAAGUAAUUUUGGGAAUCACUUUGUGAAACUUUGUGACAGCAAACUAUUUUAGUACUAUCUUGGCUAAGGUUUCCUUCAUAUGUACCUCUUCGUCUACAGCAAAGAGUGCAUCCUGAAUUUUAGGUCCUGCUACAAGGUCGUUAGGUAUUAUACAGCUUAGAUUGAGUUUUCACGUUGUUAAAAAUAGAUAUCUUUUUACUGCAACAUUGCAGGUGAGAUUAAUUCAGGAACUUGUUAUGUUUACAGUAAAAGUAAUUUGGUGAUUUAUUUUUGUUUGUAA